AUGACAGAGUCUAUUGAUUUGAAUCGAUUAGAGUCCGAGUCUGAUAACAACACCGACGACGUUACUCCUAUUUUUGCAAUUGAUGACUCUGCAAAAGGGUAUUUUUCUCUUAAUAGGAGGAAUGAUGUCCAAUGCCAACACCGUUGGUUAAAGGUUCUUGAUCCAAGCCUCCAAAAAGGAGCUUGGAAAAAAGAGGAAGAUAAACUCUUAAGUGAGUUGGUUAAAAAUUAUAUAUGUAAUUAUGUAUAUAUAUUCCUUUCGAUACUAUUUAACUAUAAUAAAAAAUCAAAUAUUAAUAGUUAUUUUUUUGGUACAUCAAAAAGGAUAAAAUUUAUUAUAUUUCUAUUUUAUAAAUGA